CAAAGGUGGAUUUUAAGUGAAACCUGAAAGUUGUAUCUGGACAAAGAUCACCUGAUUCCAGCAAACAUGGAUAGAAGACCCACCUGUGGCCAGUGUGGAAAGACUUUCACCACAGCAAGUCACCUAAAAAUCCACCAACGCAUCCACACUGGAGAAAGACCAUAUGAGUGUGACCAGUGUGGAAAGGCUUUCACCACAGCAAGUGACCUAAAAAUCCACCAACGCAUCCACACUGGAGAAAGACCAUGUGCGUGUGACCAGUGUGGAAAUGCUUUCACCAGAGCAAGUGACCUAAAAAAACACCAACGCAUCCACACUGGAGAAAGACCAUAUGAGUGUGACCAGUGUGGAAAGCCUUUCACCACAUCAAGUUCCCUAAAAAUCCACCAACGCAUCCACUCUGGAGAAAGACCAUAUUACUGUGACCAGUGUGGAAAGACUUUUACCACAGCACAUCACCUAAAAAUCCACUAUCGCAUCCACACUGGAGAAAAACCAUAUGAGUGUGACCAGUGUGGAAAUGCUUUCACCACAGCGAGUGACCUAAAAAUCCACCAACGCAUCCACACUGGAGAAAGACCAUAUGAAUGUGACCAGUGUGGCAAGAGUUUCACUCAAAUGAAUGGGCUUAAACGUCACCAACACAUUCACACUGGAGAAAAACCAUAUGACUGUGACCAGUGUGGGAAUGUUUUCACCACAGCGAGUGACCUAAAAAUCCACCAACGCAUUCACACUGGAGAAAGACCAUAUGAAUGUGACCAGUGUGGAAAUGCUUUCACCACAGCAAGUCACCUAAAACAACACCAUCGCAUCCACACUGGAGAAAAACCAUAUACUUGUGCCCAAUGCGGAAGGAGUUUCACCCAAAUGAAUGAGCUUAAAUGUCACCAACACAUUCACACUGGAGAAAAACCAUAUAGCUGUGAUCAGUGUGGGAAUGCUUUCACCACAGCAAAUAACCUAAAAAUUCACCAACGCAUCCACACUGGAGAAAGACGAUAUAACUGUGACCAGUGUGGAAAUGCUUUCACUACAGCAAGUCACCUAAAAAAACACCAACGCAUCCACACUGGAGAAAAACCAUAUGCCUGUGCCCAAUGCGGAAAGAGUUUCACCCAAAUGAAUGGGCUUAAACAUCACCAACACAUUCACACUGGAGAAAAACCAUACAACUGUGACCAGUGUGGGAAUGCUUUCACCACAGCAAGCGACCUAAAAAUCCACCAACGCAUCCACACUGGAGAAAGACCAUAUAACUGUGACCAGUGUGGAAAAACUUUCACCACAGGAAGUCACCUAAAAAAACACCAACGCAUCCAUACUGGAGAAAAACCAUAUGCCUGUGCCCAAUGCGGAAAGAGUUUCACCCAAAUGAAUGUGCUUAAAUGUCACCAAUGCAUUCACACUGGAGAAAGAGCAUAUAACUGUGACCAGUGUUGAAAGUCUUUCACUAAA